GAGGCAGCAGCACUCUUUACCGGCACCGUGCCUGGGUCCAGGCCCGGGAAGGCCACGGAGAGUCCGGGAAAGACCACGUGGAGCAAAUCCACGUGCUGAUACCAGUAGCCUGAAUGAGACAGGGGUUAAAGGAAGGAUUUCCUCUGCUCUUCUGGGCUGAGACUUGCAAGGGGGCUGACUGAGGACUCCCCCAGCCUGCUGUGCCGCCAGUUCCCAGCGUGAGGAAGUCUAGAAGCCAGAGGUCUCCGUGGGGUCUCUGCCAUCCUGGCCAUGAACCUGGAGCCACCUAAGGCCGAGAUCCGGUCGGCCACCAGGGUGAUUGGGGGGCCUGUCACUCCCAGGAAAGGGCCCCCCAAAUUUAAGCAGCGGCAAACCAGGCAGUUCAAGAGCAAGCCCCCCAAGAAAGGCGUCCAAGGGUUUGGGGACGACAUCCCUGGAAUGGAAGGCCUGGGAACAGACAUUACGGUCAUCUGCCCAUGGGAGGCCUUCAACCACCUGGAGCUGCACGAACUGGCCCAGUACGGCAUCAUCUAGGGCUGCAGCCUGACCCAGAGCCCCAGGGCCGGGACCCCGCUGCCCACUCCGACCCUGCUCAGGAGUCCCCUGAGGAAGCCCAUGCCCCUGAGGGUGUCUGCAUUGUCCAGUUUGUGUUUGGAGACCCUGACAACCUUGCGUCCCUAGAUGCUAGUCACCAGAAGCCGCCCCCUCCCCCGCAUCUCCCCGCAGGACAACAUGGGCCGGUCGGGCCCUGCGGAACUCCCACAAGCCCACAGAUCUUCUUUUGGGGCUGGAAAGUCAGGGCAGGGGCUCCCAGAAAUGGCCCUCACCCCCUGCUCCUGUCCUGCUGUCUGGUGGUGAGGACAAGGUGCCCUCGCCAGUCCUUCCUGGCUGGUGCCCUCGGGUUGGGGGGGAUCCUGGCUGCAUCAGCAAGAGAGCAGCACCCCUCCAAGCCCGUCACACCACCAGGAAACUUGACCUUUCCACCACGGCCUGUGCUUGCUGUCCCCUGUCGAAAAAUAAAGUCAGCAUGCCUCCA